CAUGACACGAUCCCAUUAUGCAAUGCAGGGGUUUGGCAGCGUUAACCAUAUUGAGUUUUGUUGAUUGGUUUCAUUUUUUAAAAAUGCGCUAUUGCUCUGCUCAAAAUUGUAAGAAUAAGUCAACCAACGGAAUUCGAUUAUUCAGGUUUCCCAGAGAUAAGGUCAGAAGAGCAAAAUGGGUUCACAAUUGUGGACGUAAAAAUUGGCAGCCAACAGAGAAUAAUGCACUUUGUGAGCAUCACUUUGAAGAGUCACAAUAUGAACUGAAACGUGCAGAUGGAAGAAAGUUACUGAAGUGGAAUUCUAUUCCCACAAUCUUCAAUGUACCCAAGUAUCAUCAAGAGAUACUCACAUUCAAAGAAGAUUCAAAUGAGGCCAGUCCAAAUGAUUUUGAUGAAAGGGUUGUUGAAUGUGAACAAAAUACAUUGGAAGAUGAAAACGUUGGGUUUUUACAAAAGCCUACCAUCCUAAAGCAUACCCAGAAGAGCACUCCUGAAGCACCAAUGCAAAAAACGUUACCUGUUAAAAAAAGGAAAAUUGAUCAUUCAAAUGAAUUUGAUGUAAGGGACAUAAAAUCUGAACAAAAUAUAUUGGAAGAUGAAACCGUUGGGCCUUCACAAAACCAUAUCCAAGAUCACUGCUACAUAAAGGGAAGCAUAAGAGAUCACACCCAAACGAGUAUCCUGACGACGAUUACUCAACAAACAUCAAAGCAAAUAACAUCACCUGCUGAAAGAAAUAAUAUUGAAGAUUCAAUUGAGAUCCGUCCAUAUGAAUUUGAGGAAAGGGACUUUGAAUGUGAACCGAAUACGUUGGAAGUUGAAAAUGUCGAGUCUUCACAAAAACUUACCAGCCAAAAAAUGUUGCAGUUGAAAAUGAAAAAUAAAAAACUUAAAAAACAGAUACGGCAGCUCACAGCAAAGCAAGAAUCGAUGGAGAAGAAUCUGAAGUCAUUCUUGAAUCCAGAUCAGAUUGAGUUCUUGAAAAGGUUAUCCACGACAAAUCCAUACAAGUGGACCGACGAAACAAUCUGCCAUGCCUUAAAAGUUAAGAGUGCUGUGGGGAACAAAGGAUAUGAUUUCUUGUUGCAAUCGUCAUAUCCUCUUCCAUCAAGAAGAACGUUGUCUAGAAGGAUUGAGGGUGCUCAAUUUGUUAUAAUCAUGGAUCACAAAACAUAAAAAAUCUUUAACAGUGAACAUAGUUGGACUACAUUGUAAUUGGAAUACUGAAGAGGUGGGAAAUUAUGGUUAAGGAAACUAUAGUUUCCAAUUUCUGUAAAUUAUAGUAUCCAAUUUGAUAACUAUAGUUUCCUUUUCAUGAUACAGUAUGUAGAAUAAAUGAUUAAAUAAUGUUGAAAUAUUCCAAAAAUAAGGAACAAUUUUGUAAUAAAGUAUUGAUGUGAUAA